AUGGUUCUUCUAACUCUUCUCUUCACUACUGCUUUUGCUAGACAUAUUCAGGGACCACCUGGUCCUCCACCGCCGCCUGGGCCACCAAUUCCACCAGGACCUCCGCUUCCAGACUUUUUGCGCAAUUUGAGUUGGGAAGCUCAAAGAGAAUUCCACGAUAUUUUCAACAAUGCAUCAUUGACAUAUGCCGAAAUUGAUGAAGAAGCUGAAAAAUGGGCGAGUGAGUAUAAUGUUAGCGAGAUUUUCGAGAAAUUCCAACAAAAUCAUACAAUUAUGGAGGAAGAAGAGAGUCAAAACGUCACAACAUUUAUCAAAAAUUUGAAGAAUGUUCAAAAUGAGAUUGAAGCAAUCUUGUCGAACAAAAAUCAAACAAGAGAUGAAGAACGAAAAGCAAUUGAUGAAUUGAGAAAGAAAAAUGGAGUUGUGAGUUUUAUAUUCAAAAUUAUCUUGGGCAAUAGUAAUUUUGGAUUUUUAGGAAGUUGAUAUCAUUCUCCACGUUCGUCGUCCACCUCCACCACCAAGAAAUGAUGAAGGACCAGGACAUGGUGGACAAUAUCCACCACCACCCCCACAAGGAGGAGACAGAUAUGAACCACAGGGAGGACAAGGAUUCCCGCCAGGGCCGCCACCGCCACAAGGAAGAGAUAGAUAUGAACCACAGGGAGGACAAGGAUUCCCGCCAGGGCCGCCACCGCCACAAGGAAGAGAUAGAUUUGGACCACAGGGAGGACAAGGUCACUUCCAACCAGGGCCAGAACAAGGAAGAGAUCGUUUCGGACCACAACAGGGAGGACAAGGAUUCCCACCAGGCCCACCUCAACCACAACAAGGCGGAGAUAUAUUUGGGCCACAAGGAGGAGAUCGUUUCGGGCCUCAAGGCGGACACGGAUUCCCACCAGGCCCACCUCAACCACAACAAGGAGGAGACAGAUAUGGACCACAAGGAGGACAAGGAUUCCCACCAGGCCCACCCCCACCACAACAAGGAGGAGAUCGUUUCGGGCCUCAAGGAGGAGAUCGUUUCGGACCCCAACAGGGAGGACAAGGACACUUCCAACCCGGACCACCACAAGGAGGAGAUCACUUCGGACCACAACAAGGUGGACAAGGUUUCCAACCUGAACCACGACAAGGCGGAGAUCGUUUCGGACUAAAAGGUCACUUCCAACCUGGCCCACCGCAAGGAGGAGAUAGAUUUGGGCCACAAGGAGGACAAGGACACUUCCAACCCGGACCACCACAAGGAGGAGAUCGCUUCGGGCCACAACACGGAGGUCAAGGAUUCCCACCAGGUCCACCACCACCCCAACAAGGAGGAGAUCGCUUCGGGCCACAACAAGGAGGUCAAGGACAUUUCCAACCCGGACCACCACCACCACCACAACAAGGCGGAGAUCGUUUCGGACCGCAAGGAGGACAAAGUCACUUCCAACCUGGGCCACCACAAGGCGGAGAUCGCUUCGGACCACAACAAGGAGGCCAAGGAUUCCCACCAGGCCCACCCCCACCACAAGGAGGAGACAGAUAUGAACCUCAACAAGGCCGAGAUCAUUUCCAACCCGGACCACCACAAGGUGGAGACCAAUUUGGACAUCAAGGAUUUCCACCAGGCCCACCUCUUCCACAACAAGGCGGAGAUCACUUCGGACCACAACAAGGUGGACAAGGUUUCCAACCUGAACCACGACAAGGCGGAGAUCGUUUCGGACCACAACAGGGAGGACAAGGUUUCCAACCAGGCCCAUCACCGCCACAAGGAGGAGAUCGCUUCGGACCACAAGGAGGACAAGGUCACUACCAACCUGGGCCAGAACAAGGCGGAGAUCGUUUCGGACCACAACAAGAAGGUCAAGGAUUCCCGCCAGGCCCACCACCACCGCCACAAGGCGGAGAUCACUUCGGACCACAACAAGGUGGACAAGGUUUCCAACCUGAACCACGACAAGGCGGAAAUCGUUUCGGACCACAACGAGGAGGACAAGGACACUUCCAACCUGGACCACCACAAGGAGGUGAUAGACAACAAAGCCAAGAUUUUCCAAGAGGACCAGGCGGACCACCAAUGAAUGGAAACCAAGGUUUCCAAUCAGGAUCACAACAAAUGGGUGGUCGCUUCGAAUAUCAACACGAACAAUCUCAACAAGGUCACGGAUUCCAAUCACAACAACAACACGAAGAUCAUCCAAGAGGACCAACUCCCCAACAAUCUGGAUUCCAAUCUGAACAACAACCAAGAGGUCCAGCUGAGGGACAAGGUGAAGAAGUUCAUCACGGACAUCAAGAUCAAUACCGCCAUCAAAUCGAUUCGAACAUUGUUACCGACAAUGAAACUUCCUUGUAAAUAAUUCAAUUUCACUAAAUAAUAACGACGAUAAUAAUAUUUAUUUAUUUGAUUCUGUUUUUGUGUGUGUGUUAUUUUUUGCGAUUCAAUAAACUUUUAUUAUAAAAAUUAAUUGGUUCUGACUUCAGGCAAACAACACUCAAAUGUUAUCAAGAUCGUAGAAAAUUCAUAUGUAGAUCCAGAUUUACAGAACUAUUUUCAGAUUUCUGACCACGAAGAAUCCUGUGCUGGGCUUCGAUUUGAACUUCGGAAGACUAUGUUUUCAAUUUCUCUCGGAGUAUUUUUAGGUGUUAAAAUAUAAAUACCCUGUUAUAUAUUUCCCCCUCUAGAAAUAUAUAUGUACCUAAAAAUUCUCACGAAACAAUAUCAUUCUAACAGUGCCCUAUAAAGUCAAGAGUGGAACCGAAAUGACAUCAACAAUUCCAAUUAUAGUUCUUCGUCGAAAACAUCCAAAUUCCGCACGUAUCUACCUAACGAGAAUACUUCACAGUUCACCAAUACAAUAAAAAAAGAAUCGUCUGCUGCCUGCUAUCAAUUUAUUUAGUACAACUUUUUUGUUCGUGUGAAUGAAGACAGGGAGAUUGUUCACAUAUAAAAAAAUCGAUUCUUGUUUUAUUGGUAUAAAAAUAAAUUGUCUUGUUUUUUUUUCCUUUAGAAGAUUUUCAAGUUUCAUAGGUAAAAUGCAGGCCAAAAGCCAACAAUGACAAUAAUAAUUAUUCCGGUUUGAUGAGCCAUUUGCAUUGUUUGCUUGCUUGCACAUUUUCUGUUUCAUUUUGCUCUAACAAAUAGAAAUCGUACUUUUUUUCAUGGGUGCAUCGUAGAAAACCCAACAUGGAAGUGGGGACAUAUCCUCACAUAAAAUUAGCGGCUCUUAUUCCGACCAUGUCAACUCAAUUUAGAUUCCUGUUAGAAGCCUGCUCUAGGAUUCGCCAAAAAUUCCAUUUGAUUUCUGAACUUGAAAUCGUCACUUGACUAAAGCGCAAGAUCACGUAAUUAUCUAAUAAGAUAAGAUACUGUUUUGGUUUGAAUUGAUUUUUGAACCAAAAAUGUAUCCCUUCUCCUUCCCUAAUAAAUUAAAGUUAUCACAUGUUCUAAACCAAACUAUAUAAAAACUUUCUGAAAGUUGUCAAACAACCUUUUUUCGACAUAUAACUUUCGAUUUUAAACGUUCUUCUUAUCAUUACAAAACUUUUUUCUUCCUCUUUUUACAGAUUGAAGAAAUUCUUUUCGAUGAAUUUAUUGUUUGCGGUACCAGUGCCAGUUCUUUUUAUUUUAUUAUCGGGAUUUGUAAGUUUUUUUUUGAAAUCAUGAAGUUCUAAAGUUUUGAAGCUAGUCAUUUUCAGAACAUCCAGGAAACCUCAAGUUUAACACCUGGAGAAUCAUGUGAAAUGUGUCAAUUAGUUCUUCGAACUGUUUUUGGCCAUUUUUCUGCAAAUGUGCCGAGCAGAAAAAAGUUGGUCAAUCAAUUGAAACAUGAAUGUAAACGACACUUUCAUGUGAGUUCUUAGAUAAAUAGAAGUCUAAUUUCCAUUCAAAACCAAGAUUUACAGUAUCGUCGACGAUGUCUUAUGGCAAUAAAAGAUAAAGGAGAUUUUUUGUUCCGAGAAAUGACUGGAGGAGAUUUCAAGCCAAUCAAACCAUGCUAUAUUAUGAAAGUAAGUAGAUGCUUAACUUUGUUGAAUCUUCAAAAUUCCAAGCUCUAUAAUUUCCAGGAAUGUAAACGUCUUCAAUCUCCAAUUCCCGAAGACUUCAUUCCGGAAAUCGAGAGCACAAGUUCACAAGAACAGGAAAAUAUGAACGAAAAUGAGAAUAAUUCAACUGAAACCACAUCAACAAAUAAUCCAUUGGAAUAA